AAGGAGCGUACUAGCUGCACAUCUGAUAGUCACAGGUAAAAACGAAGGCAAGAGCCAUGGACAGUGGUGAGGAUGCAGCUCAAAGGCCUUUGACUCUGGAUCUAGAUAGAUUUGAGAUCGAAGAACCUGUGGUUCAUCCACUAGAUGCUUCCAUAAUGAGCAACCAGCCCAUCACCACCAAUCCUAUCUUUCAAGAGGAGAGCAUUGACCUGGACGCAGAAGCGUUCGGUUCUCCUCAGGAUGACAGUGCUGCUUCAGGAAGCAUCAUGGAUAAACUCAACGACCAGAUGAUGGAGAGUGUCAUGAUUUCGGACUCGCCCAACAGUGAAGACGACGAUGUCCCAAUCGACUCCUUGUUGGAGCAAGCAGGUGACAAGGUGUCCCUUGAUUCCAAAGAUCUCGAAGAGGAGAAAGAGAAGGAGGCGAAAGAGGAGAACGAACGAGGAACUGAACAUGAUGCUGGUGUUGAAUCUGAAUCUGUACUUGAACUGGAAAAAGACCAAGCCAUAGAGCAGGAUGUUGAUGAUAAAUCGGUUACGGCCACUCGGCCUGCUCCGCUCAGUCCUAGACCUCAGGAAACCGAGUUUGAAGUCACCAAACCUAAAGACCAAUCCAUCCCAGUGUGCACCAUAUUCAGCCAAGGCCCGCAGACCAAAGCUCAAUCUCUGGUACCUGACGGCUUUCAGCCCACUAUGGUCAAAUCGCCAAGCUUUAGCACUAAUCCCAACGAAACACCCAAUAAGUUUGCACCCAUGGUGUCUCAACCCAGCCCCAGCUUGAGUAAAUUCUUUUCGGACAACGGCGCGGUCAACCCAGCGUCAGACUUUUUCGAUUCCUUCACGACGUCCUCGUCAUUCAUUUCGGUCAGUAAUCCGAACGCGGAGUCACCUAAAGCUUCACCCACAGUAGAGCGCCAACAUUCCCCAGGCUCUAGCGGUAUUCCUUCAGCACUGCAUCAAAAUGUCAGUCCUUGCUUGAGUCACGCUACUCAAGAGAGCAUUUUAAAGCCUGUUACAAGCCCAGCGGCACCUGCACUGACCAUUAAUAAGCUACAGGAAGUCUUCUCUGGGAGUGAUGAUCCAUUCGCGAGCGCUCUGAGUAUGAGUGAAGCGGAUCGGCGCUACGAUGCGUGGCUGCCUUCUGAGCAAACCAGGAAAAUCCUCAUCUCUGUGGCUACUCAGCAGGUCAACCCGGCGGAUGUAGAAAGGGAUCGGCUGUCUAUGCCCGGACUCAAGUUUGACAACCUGCAAGGUGAUGCAGUGAAAGAUCUGAUGCAGCGUUUCCUGGGAGACCAAGCAGCAAUGAAGAGGCAGGUCCUAACAGCAAACUCGGUGGAACAAAACUUUCUGGGUCUCAAGCAGUUGAUUAGCACAAAGAACUGGAGGGCUGCUGUGGACUUGACAGGCAGACUGUUGACGGCCCACGGCCAAGGCUACGGCAAGAGCGGCCAAGCCAGCAAUCACACCACUGACUCGCUGCAGUUGUGGUUUGUACGUCUGGCUCUUCUGGUUAAGCUCAACAUGUUCCAGAAUGCAGAACUGGAAUUUGAGCCCUUUGGUUAUCUGGACCAGCCAGACCUGUACUAUGAGUACUAUCCUACAGUCUACCCAGCCAGACGAGGUUCGAUGGUGCCGUUCUCCAUGCGUGUGCUGCACGCUGAGCUACCACAGUACAUAAACAAGCCCCAGGAGUCUCUGGACCGCCUACACAGCAUGAAAAGCAUCUGUCAGAAAAUCCUGUCUAACCUGGAGGAGAGCCUGGCUGAGGAUGGGAGCAUGAUGACUCUCACCCAGGAAAACAGACAAGCCUCUAUUCAGCUGUGGAGGUCACGUCUGUGCCGGGUGAUGUACUCCAUGGCAAACUGUCUGCUAAUGAUGAAGGACUAUGUGCUGGCAGUUAUGACAUACCAGUCCAUCAUCCAGUUUGAACCACACCAGAAAGUGCAGCUACUGAGCGGAAUAGGACGCAUCUUCCUUCAGAUCGGAGACAUCAAAACUGCUGAAAAAUAUUUUCAGGAAGUAGAGAAAGCAUGUCAGGACAAGGAAAAAGAGUCAGCCCAGGACACUGCUGUUUUAAUGAACAGGGCGUUUGUGUACCUCAGCCAGAAUAAUUAUGCAGAGGCUCACACGUGUUUCUCCAGCAUCUUGAAAACUGAUCCCAAGAAUCCUGUGGCCAACAACAAUGCAGCGGUAUGCCUGCUAUAUCUAGGCCGCCUAAAGGAGUCCCUGGGUCAGCUGGAAAGCCUGGUGCAACAGGAUCCUGCGCUUUACCUGCACGAAAGCGUGCUCUUUAACCUCACCACCAUGUACGAGCUGGAGUCGUCACGAAGCACUCAGAAGAAACAGGCCCUGCUGGAGGCCGUGGCCUGGCGCGAGGGCGACAGCUUCAAUACACAGUGCCUCAAACUGGUAUGAGGUGUCCAGCAACCAGGCCUGACACUACACAACCAACCAGGAGGGCAUUACAUUUCUGACUUCAUUAAAGUCCAGCUACAAUUUGUGACAUGCUUUAACUAGAUCAAACUGGACAUACCGAUGCUCUACUGUAUUUAUAUUAGAGGUGAAAUGUUAGUGUGUGUGACCAAACCAAAGCUGACCUGAUAUGAUAUGGGUGUGCACACUAAAUUAUGUGAUGAUAGAAGGAUUCAUGGCUUUUUAACCAAUGGUUUUGUCUUUUACAGUCCAGGGAGAAUGUAAAUACAUGUGAAAAUAAAAUGACAAUGUUAAUAGUAGAUAAAGGUAAAGAAGCAGACUGGAAUAAAACAUUAUCAAUCACAAGUUA